AUGACAAAACAACAAGCUCAACAAUCAUCAAAGACAAUUCUUAUGGUUUCACCAACUCACUUUGAGUUGAACACCCAAGCUGUCAAUGAUAACUAUUUCAUGAAUGUACCAAAGGAUUCUACUGAUGUUCCUAAACAAGGAGCACUUGAAUUUAUGACAUAUUACAAUGCAUUAAAAGAAGCAGGAGUUAAGGUUAUAUUGAUGGAUUCAAAUGAUGGAGUAGAUACACCUGAUUGUAUUUUCCCAAACAAUUGGUUCAGUACACACAACAAGGAAGAGACUGGCAAGGACCACGACACUUUGGUGUUGUACCCAAUGCUACAUCUUAAUCGUCGUCUUGAACGUCGUCCAAAAAUCAUUGAAUACCUAAAAAACACAUUGGACAAUGUCGAAACGAUAGACUUGUCUGUACACGAACAAGAGAAUAACUUUUUGGAAGGCACUGGAUCCUUGGUAUUGGACCGUGUCAACCGUGUUGCCUAUGUUGCCAUAUCGCAACGUAGUCACAAACUGUUGGCUAUGGAAUGGGCCGAGAAGCUCGGAUACCAACUCGUUGCCUUUACAGCCACCGACUCUCACGGAAAGAUUAUCUACCACACUAACGUUAUGAUGGCCAUUUGCUCUGGCUUUGCCAUCUGCUGUCUCGAAUCGGUUGAAGACAUUGUCGAACAACGUCAUCUCAUCGACUCACUCACCAAACAUCACACACUCAUCACAAUCACCCGUGACCAAGUAAACGCCUUUUGCGGCAACGUCAUCGAAGUACAAAGUCAAGACGGCAAAAAGCAUUUCGUAUGCUCUAAAACCGCCUUUGAUGCAUUCACACCAGAACAAAGAACCGUCAUUGGCAAGUUUAGCGACGGAGGUUUCAUCACCAAAGAUAUCCCUACCAUUCAAUAUAUUGGUGGUGGUGGUAUUAGAUGUAUGAUUGCUGAAGUAUUCCCAUAA